AUGAGCGACCAAGAAAAAUCCACAAAAGCAGCGUUAUGUGUGUGCUGGACGCUUAAUAAACACAAGAAACCAUUUUCGGAUUCUGAGAUAGUGAAGGAAUGUAUGUUGGCAGCAGUCACGGCACUUUUUGAAGAAAAAAAAGAUGUCGCUGGAAUUCAAAAUAUUCCAUUAUCAGCAAGAAGCAAUACGCGAAAAACUGAAAUUUUAGCUGCUGAUAUUAAAAUCACCCUUUUCGAACUUUUGCAAAAGGCACCUUGCUACGCUAUAGUUCUUGAUGAGUCAUGUUACAUUGUUGAUGAUGAACAAAUGUCAAUUUUUGUCAGAUUUCUUGACAUUGAGUCUAAAACUUUUAGGGAAGAGUUGCUAACAAUAUUGCCUCUAAAAGGUAACACUCGAGGAGAAGAUUUAUUCAAGGAGAACUCUGAAGAAGACAUUGCAGUGUUUACAACAUUUUUGGCCGAUCUUAGAAACGAAUUUGCCACAAGAUUCCAAGACUUUGCAGAGAUGGGCAAGCUGUCUCUGUUUCUUAAGUCACCCUUUGAAGUUGAUGUAGCAGCAGAAUGGACAGAUGUGGCUGCCAAGUUGUUUAAUCUGUCAAGCCAUCACUUCAAAUGGAAAUAA